AUCAGUUUUACAGCUUCUGUAUCUGUCACAACCAAACAAGGUAUUUGGAACCACUCCUAUGGUAGAUGUGUUACGAGAUGCUGUCCGUUGUUUUAUCAAACCCCCAGCUCUGCAACUCAAGUCCACUUUAUUAAAUAACCUCCAGGCCAAGGAAUAUGUAGAAGCUUUCCUUAGUCACUGUGUUCGCCCAUUUUCCUGCCUUUUGUUGACCAGUGGUCACAACAGGGCUCGGCAGCGAGACAAACUAGCCCAUUUAUUAGAAGAACUUGCUGGCCUACAGGAUGAGGCUGACAAAGUGGAUGCUUUUCUCCACAAUCUGUCAAUGAAGUCUGAAAAUCCUUGUCCUCAUCUGGCUUGCUUCGGACACUGGAUACUGUAUCACACGUUGCGAGUGAUGAUCCAGUAUGUCCUCUCUGGCUUUGAAUUGGAACUUUACUCCACCCAUGAAUACACAUACAUAUUCUGGUACCUGUAUGAAUUUCUGUAUGGGUGGAUGGUUUCAGCUUUAUCACGGGCUGACAACUUUCUCUUGGAACAAGAAGCUCGUUGCGAACAACAGCAACAAAAAAAUAGAAAUGCUAAAAAGAACAAAAAGAAGAGAAAAACAAGACCUCAUGGAAGGGAGAUUUUGUUGAACCAAGCCUUUCAAAAUUUAUGUGGAGGAUACUAUAAGGCUGUAGCUGGGUUUAACCUUGAAGGAAAACUUAAGCGACCAUGUCAGGAAUUUGAUAACGAGCAGGUCCGAUACGAGCAUCGAUUUUCUCCAUUCAACAGUGUCUUAACCCCACCACCAGUGCAAUAUGCUCAGUUUAAAGAGAUGACAGACUUGUCCAGAUUUGUUCCUAAACCUUCAGUUGAAGAACUGUACUUGGAUUCAUGCAAAUGCUUCCAACAUGCCAGGAUGUUAAUAGAGAGUGUUCCAGAUCAUAAUGAAGAGAUUACAGCUAUUAUGAAAGUAGCUAAGACAAACUUUGUAGUUAUGAAAUUGCUGCUCAGUGGACAUAAGAAGCAAUCAAAAGAUCCACCAGAUUUUGAUUUCUCUACACAUAAGAACUUUCCCAUCAUUCGUAUAGUUUAAUUCCUGUUUCACUUGUUUGUAAACUGCUGGGUUUUGUAAAUAAAUUAUGGAAUAAGUAACAUGA